GUAUCUCUGAGCGCGCGGCUCUCUGUAACUGCAAGCGAGCACAGAACCGAGGUAAAACAUCCUCACACAAGACCGUGAAAAAACGACGUUUAGCGGCGUGGACCAAACAUAUAGAGCCUGUUGGGAAUGUAAUGUGGAUUAUUACGCUUUGGGAUAUUUUUACGAAAACUGAGCUAUUGUGUGCUAGACGGGGCAGAGUAACAGUAUGGACUACAUUACCCACAAGGCAUCAUGCAGUCUGCGCUGGUUUCCCUAAAUACAGAAAGAGUCCGACCUGGAGGACCUGUCUGGAUGAUUAAAGUCUGAGGAGAUUCCAGAAGAAAACAGCACCUCAGCAGACACGCAACACCUCAUCUGCUCGUCUCCUCAAGUCGAUCCAUUCCAGGAAACGUGGAAGAAGUACUUUUAUUGUCGCCUGACAGAGAUUGGAUUGUUGUGCAAUGUCACUGGCCUUAUGACUGUUAUUUAAGACUGUUCUCCUCCUAACUCCCUCUCCUCUUUUAGGAUAUUGUUUGUUUGUCGCUGCGUUGAAGAUCUCACCUCUUCUUUAGUAUCUCUGGGCAUACUGUGGGAUGUACUUUGGAUAUACUGACCUUUGAACCAAAGCGAAUUCAAUGAUUUCCUUCUGUUCAGGAUAAUAACCCCAAAUCUCCAGCACUUUUACAAUGAAUUUCUUCAGAUUCCCAGUCCAGUUGCAGCUGCUGAUCAGUACUGUUCUUGGGCCCUGCUUGGGCCUGGAGUUUACAGGGUCGCAAGGCCAGUGGGCACGCUAUCUCCGCUGGGACGCCAGCACCAGAAGUGACCUCAGCUUCCAGUUCAAAACAGACGUGUCCACCGCCUUAAUCCUGUACUUUGACGAUGGUGGCUUCUGCGACUUCCUGCAACUCAUGGUGGUCGAAGGGAAGCUCCAGUUGCAGUUCGGCAUCGACUGCGCCGAGAGCACAGUAGUAUCGGACAAGCGAGUCAAUGACAGCAGCUGGCAUUCUGCCACCCUGAGCAGGUACAACCUGAGAACUGUGCUGGUUCUGGACGGACUGAGCAAAUCGGGCGAGGUGCGGCCACAGAGGCAGUACAUGAAGAUCGUUAGUGACCUCUUCCUGGGCGGAGUCCCUCAAGAUAUUCGUAUUUCUGUGCUCACUCUCCCGACAGUGAAGGAUCUUCCGCCGUUUAAGGGAAUUAUCAGGGAACUGAAGUACAAUAACAAAGAACCUAUUCUGCUAAGCAGCCAGAGGGUCCGCAUGGACAUAGAGGGGAUCUGCAUGGAGAACCCAUGCGAGAAUGGAGGAACGUGCUCCGUUGUGGACGGGGAACCGCUUUGUGAUUGUUCUAAGACGGAAUACGUUGGCCGAUUCUGCAACGAAGAGGCCAACAGCAUCCCAGGAUUUGCACACAUGAUGAUGGCGGAUCAAGCCAAGGGCAAAGCGCGAGAAGAGAACAUGGCCACAUUCAGAGGUUCUGAGUACUUCUGCUACGACUUGUCUCAGAAUCCCAUCCAGAGCAGCAGCGAUGAAAUCACAUUGUCCUUCAAGACCUGGCAAAGAAAUGGCCUUAUCCUUCACACGGGCAAGUCAGCAGACUACGUCAACCUUGCCCUGAAAGAUGGGGCUGUUUCGUUGGUCAUCAACUUGGGUUCCGGAGCCUUCGAGGCCAUUGUCGAGCCGGUCAAUGGCAAAUUCAACGACAAUGCCUGGCAUGACGUGAAAGUCACACGCAACCUCAGACAGCAUUCAGGUAUUGGACACGCUAUGGUGACAAUAUCUGUGGACGGCAUCCUGACUACAACAGGCUAUACGCAGGAGGACUACACAAUGCUGGGAUCAGAUGAUUUCUUCUACGUCGGAGGAAGUCCAAGCACAGCAGACUUACCUGGGUCGCCCGUCAGCAACAACUUUAUGGGUUGCCUGAAAGAGGUUGUUUACAAAAACAAUGACAUCAGGCUGGAGCUCUCCCGGCUCGCCCGCAUCGUGGAUCCCAAAAUGAAGAUCCAGGGAGAUGUGGUGUUCAAGUGCGAGAACGUGGCCACCCUGGACCCCAUUUCGUUCGAGACACCCGAGGCCUACAUCAGCCUACCCAAGUGGAACACCAAACGCAUGGGCUCCAUAUCCUUCGACUUCCGUACCACCGAACCAAACGGCCUUAUUCUCUUCACCCACGGGAAGCCACAGGAAAGAAAGGAUGCCCGUAGCCAAAAGAACACAAAAGUGGACUUUUUUGCAGUAGAGCUUCUGGAUGGAAGUUUGUACCUGCUGCUGGACAUGGGCUCUGGGACUAUCAAAGUGAAAGCCACACAGAACAAGGUGAACGACGGGGCCUGGUAUCAUGUGGACAUCCAACGAGAUGGAAGAUCAGGCACCAUAUCUGUUAACAGCCGUCGCACUCCGUUCACCGCCAGUGGCGAAAAUGAGAUCCUGGACCUGGAGGGGGACAUGUACCUGGGCGGCCUCCCCGAUAACCGGGCCGGCCUUAUCCUUCCCACUGAACUGUGGACUGCCAUGCUAAACUACGGCUAUGUGGGAUGCAUUCGGGACCUAUUCAUUGACGGUCGCAGUAAGGACAUCAGGCAGAUCGCUGAGGACCAGAACGGUGCAGGCAUCAAACCUUCCUGCAACAAGAUGCCAGGCAAACAGUGCGACAGCUAUCCGUGCAAGAACAAAGGCGUGUGCAAAGAAGGAUGGAAUCGCUUUAUCUGUGACUGCACAGGCACCGGUUACUGGUCCCGCACAUGUGAGAGGGAGGCGUCCAUCUUGAGCUAUGACGGGAGCAUGUACAUGAAAGUGGUGAUGCCUACCGUGAUGCACACUGAAGCGGAGGACGUGUCCCUUCGCUUCAUGUCUCAGCGGGCGUACGGCCUGCUCAUGGCCACCACCUCACGCGACUCUGCCGAUACUCUUAGGCUAGAGCUGGACGGCAGUCGCGUCAAACUCACGGUCAACUUAGACUGUAUCAGGAUAAACUGUAACUCCAGCAAAGGACCAGAGACACUGUAUGCUGGACAAAAACUCAAUGAUAAUGAAUGGCAUACUGUGCGCGUGAUCCGGAGGGGCAAAAGCUACAAGCUAACGGUUGACGAUGACGUAGCAGAAGGUCAGAUGGUGGGCGAUCACACCCGGUUAGAGUUUCACAACAUCGAGACGGGUGUGAUGACAGAGCGCCGUUUCGUCUCCAUGAUCCCCUCCAGUUUCAUCGGUCACCUGCAAAGCCUCAAGUUCAAUGGCAUGCUCUACAUCGACCUGUGCAAGAACGGUGAUAUCGACUACUGCGAGCUCAACGCUCGCUUUGGCAUGCGCUCCAUCAUCGCAGACCCCGUGACGUUCAAGUCAAAGAGCAGUUACCUGAGUCUAGCAACCUUGCAGGCUUACACAUCCAUGCACCUUUUCUUCCAGUUCAAGACAACCUCUCCAGAUGGAUUCAUCCUCUUCAACAGCGGGGAUGGAAGUGAUUUCAUCGCUGUAGAGCUGGUGAAAGGGUACAUACAUUACGUGUUUGAUCUUGGCAACGGGCCCAAUGUAAUCAAGGGCAACAGUGACCGAGCUCUCCAUGACAACCAGUGGCAUAACGUUGUCAUCACUAGAGACAACAGUAACAUCCACACACUCAAAGUCGAUGCCAAGGCAGUGAGUCAAGGCAUCAAUGGCGCUAAAAAUCUGGACCUUAAAGGUGACCUUUACAUCGCCGGAUUGGGGCCCAACAUGUAUAACAGCCUGCCGAAACUUGUGGCCUCUAGGGAUGGUUUUAAGGGUUGCCUGGCAUCUGUGGACCUGAACGGACGCCUUCCCGACCUCAUAAAUGAUGCCUUGUUCCGCAGCGGUCAGAUUGAGCGAGGAUGCGAAGCAUCCAAAAGUGAACUUGGUUUCACCAAAGCAGAUCUACAAGGUCCUAGCACUACAUGCCAAGAAGACUCCUGUGCCAACAUGGGGAUCUGCAUCCAGCAAUGGGAGAACUACACCUGCGACUGUUCAAUGACCUCCUACACCGGGACGCAGUGUAAUGACCCUGGAACAACAUAUAUAUUUGGGAAAGGAGGAGGCCUCAUAACCUUUAACUGGCCGGCCAACGAGCGCCCGAGCACCCGUACGGACAGGCUGACAGUGGGCUUUAGCACCUCACUCAAGGAUGGCAUCCUGAUCCGCAUCGACAGCGCCCCCGGCCUGGGAGACUACCUCAUGCUCCACAUUGAACAAGGCAAAAUUGGAGUCACAUUCAACAUCGGAACGUCUGACAUUACUGUUCAGGAGAGCAGCACCACUGUAAAUGACGGCAAGUACCAUGUAGUGCGCUUCACCCGAAAUGGGGGCAAUGCUACCCUUCAGGUGGACAACUGGGCCAUCAAUGAGCACUUCCCCUCAGGUAACAGCGAUAAUGAGAGAAUUCAAAUGGCCAAUAAGAAAAUUCCUUUCAAAUAUGCCCGGCCCGUAGAGGAAUGGCUUCAGGAGAAAGGGCGGCAGUUAACGAUAUUCAACACCCAGGCCACGAUAAGAAUUGGUGGUUCAGACCGCAAGAGGCCAUUUCAGGGCCAACUCUCCGGACUCUACUACAACGGCCUUAAAGUGCUCAACAUGGCUGCUCAGGGUAACCCUAACAUCAAAAUCAAUGGCAGCGUCCGCCUGGUGGGGGAGGUUCCCUCCGCAGGUUCAGCCAGAUCCACGGCCCUCCCCCCGGAGAUGUCCACCACCUUUAUCGAGACCACCACCACCAUGUCCACCACCACCACGAGAAAACACCGCACUCCACCUACAAUACAGACCACGGAUGAUAUGGUCUCUUCGGCCGAAUGCUCCAGUGACGACGAGGACUUUGCCGAGUGCGAAGGACAUGCAGGUGGGCUAGGAGGCGAAUUAGUUUUCCCAAUACUUGUAAAGGAUCCCUUAGAGCUCCCCUCUGUAGCAACUCGUACACCCUCCAUCCCCUUUCCCCCAACCCUCCGCCCCCACCUCACCAUUAUUGAGACCACCAAAGAGUCCCUGUCCAUGGCCACUGAGGCGGGGGUACCUUGCUUGUCGGACCGAGGCAGCGAUGAUUGUGAUGAUGAUGAUGGCUUGAUGAUAUCUGGGUAUGGCUCUGGGGAAGCAUACGACUCUAACCUGCCCCCUACUGAUGAUGAAGAUUUUUACACCACCUUCUCCUUGGUAACAGAUAAGACCUUGUCUUCGUCGACCUUUGAAGGUGGCUACAAAGCUCACGCGCCUAAGUGGGGAUCCAAGGACUUUAGACCUAACAAAGUCUCCGAUUCUGGUAGGACUACUACCACGUCUUUUUCCCCCAAGCUGAGCCGCUCCACAACCACGUCCACGCCACCCAAACUGCCCGCGGGCAAAAUGAAUCACAGGGAGCUAAAGCCCCAGCCCGACAUAGUCUUGCUUCCAUUGCCCACUUCCUAUGAGGUAGGCAACACAAAGCUGAAGAGCCCAUUAAUAACCUCCCCCAUGUUCCGUAAUGUACCCACAGCAAUCCCCACGGAGCCGGGCAUCAGGCGGGUUCCGGGGGCCUCCGAGGUGGUCCGUGAAUCUAGCAGCACCACCGGAAUGGUCGUCGGGAUAGUUGCCGCUGCCGCUUUGUGCAUCCUAAUUCUGCUGUACGCCAUGUAUAAGUACAGAAACAGGGACGAGGGAUCCUACCAAGUGGAUGAGACCAGGAAUUACAUAACCAACUCGGCGCAGAGCAAUGGAGCAGUCAUGAAGGACAAGCAGCAGAGUGUGAAAAGCGGCAACAAGAAACAGAAAAACAAGGACAAGGAGUACUACGUGUGAGAAUGUUGCUCAUCGCUUUGACAGAACUUUGAGCUGUUGGGCGCUGCGCCGAGAGAAGACGACAGGAGUCAAACCCCGGCGCCGCGCUGAGAAGGCGAACUCUGAUGCGAACUGUACCAUAAAGCACACUUACAACCGUAAGCAUACCGCAAAGGUAAAAUAGCAAACAUUAGUGACCUUAUUCCUCUAUCUGGUCGGAGACAUUAUCAGUGUAGAAUAUUCCACAGCUACAUCAUAAUCCUAAAGUGACUUUUAGAGGUAUGUGAACCUUGGCGUAAAUCUCGUUUUUCUUUUCUUUUGUAACUGUAAAAAAAAAAAGAAAAAAAAAAAGAGGAGAACGUUUCAAGCAUGUAAGAGACACAUAGUGCUGACGUCCGUAACGAAAGUGGGACCCAAAAAAUGUUGUUCACGCGAAAAAAGGACUCCUGCCAACAAAAUAAAUAAAUGAAUAAAUAUAUAUAUAAAUAUAUAUAUAAAU